GGAGCUCUAUCGAAGAGUAUCUCCAUUUCUUGGAAAGGAGAGUACAAUAGGAGCCGUUUCUUAGAGAUAUGCAUGAUUGGGAGCUGGAAACGGUGGCUACUUCCUUCAAAUUUCUCUAUAGACCUAAUAUUCGUGCAAAAUAGGGAGUAUGCAAUGGAAGACACUGCAAACACCAUGGUUAGUGUUAAACCCUUCUCCGUGGAGUUGUGGGGUGAGGAGAUCAGAAUUCCCUUGGAGGAGCACUUAGCAAGUAAGAGGUCCUUCCCGGCCUUCACUUUUGUGAGGAGAGCAGCUUUGGAAGACAUCUUAACCAUUGAAAAUUUGGGCAGAAUUCGUAUUGUAUUAGCAAAGAGUGUGAGGUUGCCAGAGAUCUCUGGGAUGGUCUCUUUUCCACAUUUGGGAUGCAAUUUGUUCUACCUGUUUUCAUGCUCUGGCUCCGAUCUAUUUAGAUGCUGA